UAAAAACCGCGGGUAACCGUCGCGGAUCGUACAUUCCGUCGUAGAAGUGACAUCUCUCGAGGCGAGUAAACACACAACAAACGAUGCACGUGUCGGUGAUCCUCGGCAUGGUGUUCCUACAGGCGAUUUACGUGUCCGCCGGGCCACCUGACUGGAUCCCCCCGGAAAUGUUGGAGAUGGUUCAAGCCGACAAGGAACGGUGCAUGGCCGAACACGGGACGUCUCAAGCGCUUAUCGACGAGGUUAACGAUGGAAAACUUUCGGAAGAUCGCAGUAUAACGUGCUACAUGCAUUGCCUGCUCGACUCAUUCAGUUUGGUCGACGAGGAGGGUGACUUGGAAACCGAGAUGCUGCUAAGUGUCAUUCCUGAGGAAUUUCAAGAAAUAGGUAACAAGAUUUUGACUAAAUGCGCCAAGCAAGACGGCGCGGAUGUUUGCGAUAAGAUAUUCAAUGUAGCAAAAUGUGUCCAAGGAACAGUGCCAGAGCUUUGGUUCAUGGUUUAAUUCAACGCAGAAAGAAUAUUGCCUCACAAUCGUGUGCGACGCGUAUGAUGUUACAACACAAAACAACUCCCUCUUGGAGAAAAACGAGGGCCAAAGAAGUAGUAUAGGGAUGAUCUAAAUUAUGUAAAUUAAAAAAAAAAUAGUCAUUUGUAUUAUUAUACAAAUACUUACUAUUAUUAUCAUAGUAAGUAAUCACGGUAGUAAACACACAUGCGGCCUAAAUAAAAUUAAAAUGGAAAAUAUUGUAAAAUAUUGGAUAAAUUUAUAAAUAUGCAUUGAAACAGAUCCGAGCAUAAUAACGAAUUGAAGAGAGGGUCAUGAGAUAUCGAUGCGUAAUAAUGAGCUAUUUAUGAGUCCAUGUUUAAUUAAAUAAUUUUUUAUGAUUUUAUGCGCCUUUGAUUCCAAUACCAUUUAACUUUUUCAACUCGCUCACAAAAUUGUAUUGCGUAGGAAAUGAGGUGGUAUCAAUUAAUUAAGCAAGAUUCGCGUUGUGAAGAAUAAAUAAUAGUUGUAAGAGAGAAGAGAUUUAUUUAAAAAAAACAAAAACUCAAGUAACGUCAAAAACCGGAUACCAGAUAAGAUUUAUUAAUUCGUGAAACUUCGAAAAAAAUUGAAAAGUUUAAUAUAUAUGUGUGUGAAAGAGAGAGGAAUAAAAGAGGUAAAUUUAUAAUUUGAAAGAAAUCCGUUUAUAAAAACGACUUCGUACUUAAAAUUGGCGAAUUAUAAGUUUACCUUAAGAAAAAUCCACAUGAUCAAAUAAAACUUAAUUCGGCUCGACAAUGUGAA